GUGGGAUCAUGGAUCACAUUACCUCAGGCCAAGAAAGCCAUUUUAUAGUGAAAGAGCCACCCUCUUGAGCUCAGCUUCAACCAUGGCCCUCCCCACAGGGCUCCAUCCCAAGCCAGAGCGGGUCAGCUCCCUACACAGGGCCCGGCAACACGGUGCUCAAGAAAAAGUGUUUCCAAUGGGACGCACAUCGCCUCUGUGGGUGCUAACUUCUCCCAUGCCUGUCGGUACCUCUGUCCGGCUGUCCAGUCUCUACUGAGUGCUCAAAGUCCACUGUUAACCCCGGCCAGCAUCCUCUGAGUACCGUGUGCUCGAUUCUGAAUCCAGCCCUGCUGGGCGACCCUUGUGCAGACGUCCCUGUGCAGCCCGGUCAGCACCCCGUGGGGACAGCUCCGAUCAGCACCCGACGGCGGACAGCUCCUCCCGCGCCUCCCGCCUCGCCCGCCACCCAGCUCAGGGCCGCACCCGGGUUAGGGUUCCUGGGGGGAUCCCUGGGGGCGGCGGCGCAGCUCCUGGGGCCGCCCCGGCCUCUCCCCAGAGGGAACAGCCCACGGUGCACCCGAGGCCCGCGCACCCCGGCGCUGCCUCUCCGGCCUCUCGCCCCGCGCGGGUCCUCCAGGGCGGGGCCCGACGCCCACCCGCCCUCCCCUCCGCGUGAAAAAUCCUCCUCGCACGCCCGGUCCUUCCCCAACCAGCGCCCGGCAGUGAAGCCGCCGCCUCUCCUCCAACCAGCGUCCCCGGCCGCGUCCCUCCCCCGCCUCCCCCGCCGCCCUCCCCGCGCCGCCGCGCAGUCCGGGCGAGGUGCGCGGGGCGGGCGCCGCAGGGCGUGUCACGAGGUGAGCGGGGCGGGCCGAGCGCGGGCGCGGGGCGCGGCGAGGCUCCCGCACCCCCCGCCGCAGUCGCGGGCCUCUCCCGGAGAAGAUGGCGGAUCGCGCGGAGAUGUUUUCUCUCUCCACCUUCCACUCGCUGUCGCCGCCGGGCUGCAGGCCUCCCCAGGACAUAAGCCUGGAAGAAUUUGACGACGAAGAUCUGUCUGAGAUCACUGAUGACUGUGGCCUGGGCCUCAGCUACGACUCAGACCACUGUGAGAAGGACAGCCUCUCCCUGGGGCGCUCGGAGCAGCCGCACCCCAUCUGCUCCUUCCAGGAUGACUUCCAGGAGUUUGAGAUGAUCGAUGACAAUGAAGAGGAGGACGAUGAGGACGAGGAAGAGGAGGAGGAGGAUGAGGAGGGAGAUGAGGAAGGCCAGGAGGGAGGAGACCCUGGCUCAGAGGCACCUGCCCCCGGUCCCCUUAUCCCCUCCCCUUCUCUGGAGGAGCCCCAUAAGCACCGGCCAACCACCCUCCGUCUGACCACACUGGGGGCCCAGGACUCCCUGAACAACAACGGAGGCUUUGACCUGGUGCCUCCAGCCUCCUGGCAAGAGACAGCGCUGUGCUCACCAGCCCCGGAGGCCCUCAGAGAGCUCCCGGGCCCCCUCCCUCCCACGGACACAGGGCCCGGCGGGACGCAGUCGCCAGUGCGCCCAGGUUGCGACUGCGAAGGGAACCGGCCUGUGGAACCCCCGGCGCCAGGGGGGACCUCGCCCUCCUCAGAUCCCGGCAUCGAGGCUGACCUGAGAAGCCGCUCGAGCGGGGGCCGCGGGGGACGUCGCAGCAGCCAGGAGCUGUCCUCGCCCGGCUCCGACUCAGAGGACGCGGGCGGCGCGCGCCUAGGGCGCAUGAUCUCGUCCAUCUCGGAGACGGAGCUGGAGCUGAGCAGCGACGGCGGAAGCAGCAGCAGCGGCCGCUCCUCGCACCUCACCAACUCCAUCGAGGAGGCCUCGUCGCCCGCCUCGGAGCCGGAGCCCCCGCGCGAACCCCCGCGCCGCCCCGCCUUCCUGCCGGUGGGUCCCGACGACACCAACAGCGAGUACGAGUCGGGGUCGGAGUCGGAGCCGGACCUCAGCGAGGACGCGGACUCGCCCUGGCUGCUCAGCAACCUGGUGAGCCGCAUGAUCUCCGAGGGCUCCUCGCCCAUCCGCUGCCCCGGCCAGUGCCUGUCUCCUGCGCCGCGCCCGCCCGGGGAGCCCGUGUCGCCGGCCGGCGGGGCUGCCCAGGACUCCCAGGACCCCGAGGCGGCCGCGGGGCCCGGCGACGUGGAGCUGGUGGACAUGGAGACGCUGUGCGCGCCGCCGCCGCCCGCGCCCGCCGCGCCUCGACCCGGCCCCGCGCAGCCCGGGCCCUGCCUGUUCCUCAGCAACCCCACGCGUGACACCAUCACGCCGCUGUGGGCCGCGCCCGGCCGCGCUGCCCGCCCGGGCCGAGCCUGCUCCGCCGCCUGCUCUGAGGAGGAGGACGAAGAGGACGACGAGGAAGAGGAGGAUGCCGAGGACAGUGCGGGGCCCCCCGGGGUCAGGGGCACGGGCCCCUCAGCGCCGCGGGACGCCUCGCUGGUGUAUGACGCGGUCAAGUACACGCUGGUGGUGGACGAGCACACGCAGCUGGAGCUGGUGAGCCUGCGGCGCUGCGCCGGGCUGGGCCACGACAGCGAAGAGGACAGCGGCGGCGAGGCCAGCGAGGAGGAGGUGAGCGCGGCGCUGCUAGGCGGUGGUCAGGUCCCGGGGGACACCUCGCCGGACAGCCCGGACCUCACUUUCUCCAAGAAGUUCCUCAAUGUCUUCGUCAACAGCACAUCUCGGUCCUCCAGCACCGAGUCCUUUGGCCUUUUCUCCUGUCUGGUCAACGGUGAGGAGCGAGAGCAGACCCACAGGGCUGUGUUCAGUGACCUCUCCCCCAACGGCAGGUUCAUCCCGCGGCAUCCAGACGAACUGGAGCUGGACGUGGAUGACCCUGUGUUGGUGGAGGCCGAGGAGGAUGACUUCUGGUUCCGUGGCUUCAACAUGCGUACGGGGGAGCGCGGCGUGUUCCCUGCCUUCUACGCCCAUGCGGUUCCCGGCCCUGCCAAGGAUCUGCUGGGGAGCAAGCGGAGUCCCUGCUGGGUGGAGCGCUUUGAUGUGCAGUUCCUGGGCUCUGUGGAGGUGCCCUGCCACCAGGGCAAUGGCAUCCUGUGUGCAGCCAUGCAGAAGAUUGCCACUGCCCGGAAACUGACUGUCCACCUGCGCCCUCCUGCCUCCUGUGACCUCGAGAUCUCUCUUCGGGGGGUCAAGCUGAGUCUGAGCGGAGGAGGGCCCGAGUUCCAGCGCUGCAGCCAUUUCUUCCAGAUGAAGAACAUCUCCUUCUGCGGUUGCCACCCCCGAAACAGCUGCUACUUUGGCUUCAUCACCAAACACCCCCUGCUGAGCCGCUUCGCCUGCCAUGUCUUUGUCUCCCAGGAGUCCAUGAGGCCGGUGGCGCAGAGCGUGGGCCGCGCCUUCCUGGAGUACUACCAGGAGCACCUGGCGUACGCCUGCCCCACGGAGGACAUCUACCUGGAGUAGCCCGCCCACCGCUCUCUGGCCGUCUGCUCCAGGCCCAGCUGGGGCUGAGGAUGUCUCAAGAGGCCACCAUGGCUUUGGCAAGGACUGGAUUGGGGGGACAUGGGACCUUACGCUUGUGGGGGUCUGCGGGCUGGGAGCUCUCAUCCUCGGUCCCCAGGGCACAGCUGUGGGGGCUGCGGCGGAGUGGGGCCCCUGUGCCCCUGCUUUUCCUCAAAUCCGUUCUUUCUCUGUGUUGUCCUCCUCCAUCCCUCCCCAGCCUCCCUUUUCUCUCUCCUGGUGUCUGCCCCUCUCUGUGCCUGCAAACCUUAUCCUCUAGUCUUCACUUUGGGGUCAGAACUUCGGGGGUGUGGAGGAGGCGCGGCUCUGGGGACGGGUAAUGCCGGCUUCCAAGUGAUGCCCUCCUGCCACUCCCCUGCGAUUUAUAAGGGAAUUUUAAUUUUUAUAGUGAAUCUCAAGGGAUCGUCCCAUCCUUGACCACAGGGACAACAGGGGCCCCUCGCCCCAGCCCCACCCCACAUGGAGCUCAGGGGGAAGCAGGGAAGGGUUCCCCAAAGAGCCCUGCGGAGGCUAGGAGUGGUUCUUGAUGCUCACCUGAAGCCCCCAGACGCUGCUAGGAGGAGGGGGCCCCUCCUGGGCCCCCAAUACUCCUCCGCUUGCCGCUGCUAGCGCACCCCUGCAGUCCAGCGUGCAUCUGCCCCACGCACGCCCCGUGCUGUGUUCCUGGGCCCUGCCCAAGGCCUCAAUAAACUCUCUGCUUGGUGUGACA